AUGCUGAGAGUGCCUAGAGAUUCACAUAAAACGUAUGCUGAGAGUGUACAGAACUCUACUGCUAGGCCUAGAGAUUCACACAAAACGUAUGCUGAGAGUGUACAGAACUCUGCUGCUAGGCCUAGAGAUUCACACAAAACGUAUGCUGAGAGUGUACAGAACUCUACUGCUAGGCCUAGAGAUUCACACAAAACGUAUGCUGAGAGUGUACAGAACUCUACUGCUAGGCCUAGAGAUUCACACAAAACGUAUGCUGAGAGUGUACAGAACUCUACUGCUAGGCCUAGAGAUUCACACAAAACGUAUGCUGAGAGUGUACAGAACUCUACUGCUAGGCCUAGAGAUUCACACAAAACGUAUGCUGAGAGUGUACAGAACUCUGCUGCUAGGCCUAGAGAUUCACACAAAACGUAUGCUGAGAGUGUACAGAACUCUACUGCUAGGCCUAGAGAUUCACACAAAACGUAUGCUGAGAGUGUACAGAACUCUGCUGCUAGGCCUAGAGAUUCACACAAAACGUAUGCUGAGAGUGUACAGAACUCUGCUGCUAGGCCUAGAGAUUCACACAAAACGUAUGCUGAGAGUGUACAGAACUCUACUGCUAGGCCUAGAGAUUCACUCAAAACGUAUGCUGAGAGUGUACAGAACUCUACUGCUAGGCCUAGAGAUUCACACAAAACGUAUGCUGAGAGUGUACAGAACUCUACUGCUAGGCCUAGAGAUUCACACAAAACGUAUGCUGAGAGUGUACAGAACUCUACUGCUAGGCCUAGAGAUUCACACAAAACGUAUGCUGAGAGUGUACAGAACUCUGCUGCUAGGCCUAGAGAUUCACACAAAACGUAUGCUGAGAGUGUACAGAACUCUAAUGCUAGGCCUAGAGAUUCACACAAAACGUAUGCUGAGAGUGUACAGAACUCUACUGCUAGGCCUAGAGAUUCACACAAAACGUAUGCUGAGAGUGUACAGAACUCUAAUGCUAGGCCUAGAGAUUCACACAAAACGUAUGCUGAGAGUGUACAGAACUCUACUGCUAGGCCUAGAGAUUCACACAAAAUGUUCCUGAGCGUCUAUUUAUUUAUUGAACUCUUUAACGAAGGCAGCGUAAAUACCCGCUAUGUCUGCUCUAGAUGA